UCCGAUUAGAAAACACCGCGAGACGGAAAACUAAAAGUAAAGCAUCGCAUAUGUGAGCUAAAUAGCACAAUCAUAACAUACAAGUAUAUAUGUAGGCAUAUGUACAUAUGUAUGCACAUGAAACAUUUAAAUUUGAAAUAGUGUUUGCUUUGUUUUUCUAAAGACGCGCGCAACAUGACGACAGCGCUGCCUUGUCUUCACACACACACAGAAAUGUACUUGUAUAAAUGUUUAUAGCGUCAAUGUGCUCGAACGCCGGCUAGCAAUGCGAAAUGCCUGACAUAUUCUAACUAAACGCUGACGGUGAGUUAUGUGAUUGUAGAACUACGCCGCUGCGAUAGCGUACGCCGACAGUGCUGCCAAUGGUCGCUGCCUGAGCACAACUGAACUGUGUAUAUAUAGACAAAUAUGUGGCGUUUGUGGUUUUAAUUUGAUGUGUGUGAGCGGUGCGCGCAUUUCUAGAUUUUCAGUAGGAAUUCUGAAUCGGCCGGUUACGGUUUAUUGUUACUCUCAUCUCUAGAAAAUCCAAACAUUUAAGAAGGACACGCGGUAUCGUAUUAUCCUUGACGUUCGAUCUAUUAUUUCUGAUUAAAAUUGUGUAUUUAAAAUGGUGCAACCGUCGAAUUCUUUGAGCGCCAAUAGCUCCGGCAGCACUAGCAAUAAUAACAAUAAGAACAACAUUGAUAUUUACAAUAUAGUCACCUUGGUGUUAGACAUAGCACUGCUGAUAUUUAAGUUCUGGAUUUCGAUAUUCGAGUCGAUAGUUAAAACAUUUGUGCCACAAGAAAUCGAUGUCAAAGGUCAAACUGUACUGAUCACUGGCACUGGACAUGGCAUCGGCAAGGAGCUCGCCUUGCAGUACAGCGCACUUGGCGCUAAGCUCAUCUGCUGGGAUGUGAAUGAGGAAUCCAAUCAGCAAACAGUCAAGGACAUCAAAGCUUACGGUGGGGAGGCGUACGCUUAUACGUGCAAUGUUACAAAACGCGAAGAGAUCAACGCCUUGGCUGAGAAGGUCAAGAAAGAGCAUGGCUUUAUCAAUAUUGUUGUAAAUAAUGCUGGUAUUAUGCCCUGUCAUCCAAUCCUUGAACACACCGAGACUGAGAUCAGAACUAUGUAUGAGAUUAAUGUGCUGGCGCACUUCUGGAUCAUUCAAGCCUUCCUUCCCGAUAUGCUAGCGCGCAAUGAAGGACACUUUGUCGCUUUGUCAUCGUGUGCUGGUCUCUUCGGACUGCCCAACUUGGUGCCAUAUUGCGGUACAAAAUUCGCUGUACGCGGUCUAAUGGAGGCGCUGAACGAAGAGUUACGACACAAGAACCCACUGAAUAAUAUCAAACUUACCACCAUCUAUCCAUACAUGGUCGACACCGGUCUGUGCAAACGGCCACGCUGCCGCUUCCCCAGCCUGUUUAAGCUUGUCAAGCCCACAGACGCAGCAGCGAGCAUCAUUCGGGCACAACGCACCAGCCUGGAACACGCCAGUAUUCCACGUGAUUAUUUGUAUAUAGAAAAAAUCGGACGUUUGCUGCCACGUAACGCUUUACGUUUAAUUGAUAGUUUCCUCGACGUGGGUGUAGACUCAGAUAAAUAAAAGAGAACGUUGGAACUUUUAAAAGUGAUAAGUGAUUUUUUACGAAAAAAAGUAAAGUUAGAGCGCAUUUGUAUGCCUUUUUUUGUGAAAUUACCAAAAAUAUAGACCAUUAAAUAAUAUUGUACUUCAUGGUGUAUGUAAAGACAUAUAUACAUAAUUUUCAAUUACAUUUAUAAAUUGUACUCGAGUGCUGAGAGAAAAAUAAAAUAAUAAUUCUUUCGAAAUACUUUCUGA